CAGGUCAGAUAGAUUGUGACUGUGAAAGUCUUUACACGUUCAAGUUCUUCAUAUUAUGCAAUAAAUAAAUCAAACAGUGCUGGUGAGAUGGUCGUGAUCCUUUUUUGAAUACGUGUAGAAAGUACAAGAAAGUUGGCGGAAUAUUACACCUGGAAAAUGAUGCGAAUUUUGCUGUGGUCAACACUCGUCCUGGUGCACUCCCACCCAGCCCAAAAACUCAAAUUGCCCGAUCUUGAUGUUUCAACACCGGAAGAAGUGAACAGUCUGGAACGCGAAGAACCACUCAGUCGCUCCAUUGACCCACAAAGCAACAUCAUCGAUAACACAGUGCAAGUAGUCGAAGAAAUACUCAAGUCGGACCCAACACUUCCUCGUUUGACCCGUGGCGAAAUUUUAGACUUGUUGGAAAACAUCACAAAUUCCGACGAUGAAAAAAUCAAGUUUUUGGGGCGGAAUCGGGACCCCAAAGCUGUGAUGGUAGUCAUGCCAUAUACACCCACCAAUGAUAAAAAUAUGGAAGACUUGUAUACUAAGGCCCCUGUGACUCAUAUAAUCGGGGCUGAGCCUUUUAAAACCAAAGAGGAGGCGGACAAAGUGAAACACUCGAGGAGAAGACCACCGGUUCAAUUCAAUGACACUGAUAAUGAUUUGGCGAAGAAACCACUUUUUUCGGAAGAAAAGAAGAAAUAUUCGGCUAGUAUCAGUGAGAAGGUCACCAAACCAACCAUUCCGCGAAACCAAGUGCGAAGAAAACGGCCAGAAGCCACCACGGAAGCUCCAAAACCAUCACCGAUAACCACAAAAUCGCGCCGACCUGUCAGAAGACGCACCACAACCGCUCCAACCACCUACCACCCCAACCACCGCUACCCCGAAGACUCCCUUCCCAGUCAAGGAAUUCGCAUAAUUGAGUCACCAAAACUAGCCCAGAAAAACGACGUUUCACUCCCUGAUCUCGAUUUUGAAGAAAAUGUCAAACAUGAAGUCACAGAAGUUCCGCCAAAACCAGUCAUUGAGGAAAUUAUGGUACCGGAUAAUUUGAAAACAGUUAUGAAGGACUUGAAUUUGGAAUCAGCUUUAAAACCACAAGCGGAACAAACCCGGAUUAAGGACAUUUUAGCCUCAAUCCAGGUCCUGCCUGGUACCACCACCACAACCACGACUGAAGUACCAAACGCAGAAAUGGUUGCGGAUUCGUUAAGUCCAGAAAUGCGCGAUCUUUUGAUGAGCUUUGGCUUGUUACCAAACCCAAAACCGACUGAAAAACCGACUCGCGAGGAUCAGUACUAUCCUGAAAAAGCUGAAGUCAAGCCUGAAUCGUAUAUUGGCUUCAAGCCAUUGCCCGAUGAUGGGCCAAGUCGCGACGAUAUGGACGCCCUUCUUGCUUCCUUCGGGUUAGGGCGGAGUGCUCGACGAGGAAAAGUCCUGAAAGCUGAAAACCGCAGUGACAAAUCAGAGGAAAAGUACAAUCUUGACAUGAUUCCCGAACAUUUGAAAGGAGUUAUCACCGAUUUGGGGAUUGCUCAAGAACGCGACGGGAGAAAAAUUCGUACCUCAUCGGAAAAACAACACGUUUUCAAUCCUGAUAACCAAUACGCCACUGAGGAAGAAUUGAGGAAACUUGAGCGCCUCAUUGGGAUGAUCAAAGAGCUGGAGAAAAUGAACGGAACUGCUACGGAAGAAGACUUGAAGAAAUUUGACUUGGAAGGCUUGAAAGAACUUGUCAGUAGUCUAAAUGGGGAAAAUAAAACCGAAACUUUGGACCAAAAAGAAUUUGACUCGCCAAACCCCAAUAAUUUCGACGUAGGUCUUGUUAAAAACGAAAUCAAAAGACAGGAAAGUACAACUAGUACUACGAGUAAACCGGAAGCGGAAACUCCGUCUUUGACAGCUUUGGAGGAGUCUUUCGGUGGAAAAACUGAAGCGCCGACCGAACCACCAGUUCCAGAAACCACAACUCGAAAAACUGGUUUCUACUAUUUGGUCGAUUGGAACACAUUUUUGGACAUUGAUGACACGAAAGGGAAACGGGUUAAUUUGAGGUUCCAGCCUACGAUUGGUGACCCCAAAAGGUUCUUGUCCGUUAGUGUACCCUGAACUGAUGCUCAAUUAUUUAUUAAUUUUAAGAUUGUACAUAGUUAAAGUAGCAAACACGAGAUUGGUGUGGAAAGURUUCUUUAAUGUACUCCACUUAUUUACAAACUGAGUGAAAAUAUGUUAUUAAAAACUKGAAAUUUUUAAACACCACUUUUCACUGUGUUUCUGUGGUAAUUAUUAAAUAAAAUAGUUGA